GACCUCCAAUUGUAUCUCCCUAACCCUAAGCUUUAGCAUGCAAUGUGUAGACAGACAUACAUAGAUUGUUCCAAAACUUCUCUCCUCCGAUCCAAAAAUAUACGAAACACCGUUCAGCUAGCAAUAUAAAAGUUUACUACAUAUAUGGUUGGCUUGGGACGGAAUAUUUAAUAUUUGACGAUUAUAUAUAGUUAUAUAUACAUAUAUAUAUAUAUGUAUAUGGACGAGGAGGACAUGAUGAUGAUGAGGAAAGUACUACGAUCAGACCGUGGGAGUGCCGGAGGUUCACAGGGUCAGCUGACAGCAUCAAGUGCAGCCGCAGCAGGGGCGGUGGGGCCGAGUCCAUGUGCGGCAUGCAAGCUGCUGCGGAGAAGGUGUACCCCGGACUGCAUCUUUGCUCCAUACUUUCCGGCUCAUCAACCCCAUAAAUUUGCUUCCGUCCACAAAGUCUUCGGGGCUAGCAAUGUAAACAAGAUGCUGCAGGAAUUGCCGGAGCACCAACGAAGUGAUGCUGUUAGUUCCAUGGUAUAUGAGGCAAAUGCUAGAGUGCGUGAUCCAGUUUAUGGUUGUGUCGGAGCCAUAUCAUGUCUACAACAACAGAUCGAUCAUCUCCAGAAGGAACUGGCAUUGGCGCAGGCUGAAGUUGUUCAGCUACGACUUCGUCAAUUUGGGUCCGACGCCAAUGCAGCUACCAACUCACCGGAAACAGCUUCCCCCUCGCCAACAUAUGUCCUGUCUUCUUCUCAUCAGUCAAGGUCCUUCUUUUCUAUGGACUUGGUUGAUGAGGCCAGUAUGAGGCCGGAGGAGUCUCUCUGGUCAUGCUAAUUAUAUACACACACAUCGUCCAUAUAGAAAUAUAUAUAUAUAUAUAUAUAUAUAGGUUUCCACUGGUUAUUACUAGUCACAUGAUUAGGCCUAGCUAGAAAAGGCUCUUAAUCCCGUCCUAUAUGUAUGAGCUUGCUUUUUAUCGAUCAACAUUGCGUCUGAUCUAUCAUAUAAUUAUAUAUAUGCUUAUAAUACAUAUAUAUAUAUAUAACAACACACACACACACAUAUAUAUAUCAUAUAGACAUAUACGAGUGUGAGGAAUUGCUGCCUUUCCUUUUUCCUUGUUGCAUUGGUCAAGGGAGACACUAUUACUAUGAACAAUCAUAUUGUCGGUGUUACACGAA